AUGUCAAAACUCACUGACGAUGCCGGCGAAAAGUCUGGGAAUGUACCACGUCCACGGUCCGAUUUUGAAAAUGAUUAUGCAUACAAUGGACUCCGGACAAGCAGCGUACUCUUCAGCCAUUUUUCGCCUCUUUCCAUGGAUUUCUCAGCCUGUCAUUUAGAUCCAACAAUUCCUGUCCGCUCUUGGAGCAAUGAGCUGAUUGCUGCCGCUCUUCUUGAGACUCCAUGUGCUGGUCUAGGUUCUAGUCAGGUAAACUCACCUGCAGCUUAUUCGCUCUCCGCCACUGAUUGUCCCUCUUCUCUUAAGAUCACUGUUAGCGCCUCUAAUAGGUCAACAACAACGCAACCUGGCUGCUCGCGCAUUUGGCGGCGUGGUCCAUCUCAAACUUCUAGUAUUGCAGGACUGCUGCUGUUCUUGUUGCUGCCUUUCUCGUUCCUUUCGAACCAUUGUCGCCCCCAUAAAGGCGACCAACAUCAGAGCAAAUCGACUUCAACCAAGCGACGCUACCAGUCAUUUAAGCACGUUUGCCGCUGUGGUCGACGUCAUGGCCACCGUUAUAAUUGCUGCUGGCAGAACUUAUGCCGAAAGCGCAUUGAACCUUGUCGAAAGAAUGUAGAUCAUAACUCGGCCCUCUUUAUUUAUCAGCGUUGGCAACAAUGGUAUCACCAGUAUCAAGUCCACUUGCACCACUCUACGCAUUCGCUUCAAUCUCAUCCCAUUCCUCUUUCCCCUUCCCAUGCAGCCACUUCUUCUAGUACGGCUUCUAUUCCUGCAUCAGGGCAAAGUGCUUCAACCACAAACGGGAACAGUGUCUUGCCUAUACUUCUGUUUCGCUGUCCAUAUAACCAACAUCGUCCUGGGGACUGCUUUGCAUGUGCUACUAUUGCCCACCUUAUGGCCCAACCCUGUCCCUCUAGCGAGGUUGUCAAGUCGUUUGGUGAUGUUCUGACUUUGUCGGAACCAAGCUUUGGCCAGGCAGAAGGACAGUCGCGUGACCCCAAGGUUGAUUCUUGCCAGGCGCUAACUCAGACCUGCUCCGUACAGCAGCCAGGACAGACUCGAUCUUCAUCUGUUGGCUCACCUUGGCAGAUGGUUCGAAGCGAAGCCGCUUCUCCACCCAUUUCCACUCCCAAUCUUACAGCCUCUUAUAGCCUCUCACAGACCUCUACUACUACCAGCCAAGCUUGCCCCUUUGGCCAAUUUCCUUGGUCUAAUGUGUAUCAUCCCGCAAGUAAUGCCUUCCCGGAUGUGAACCGUCCUUUCUGUAUCUCGCCUACCAGGAUUCCCGGGAUUCGAUGCCUUAGUUCUCGUCUGGCGACUCUAGGGUCUUAUCCUUCGGGUAUUCGUAACCCCUCAUCACCUUCUACUCGAGUCUCUGGCUCCUGGUUUUCCCCUUCUGUCCGCCUCUUUACUCCAUUCGGACAAGGUGCUGCCUCUUCAACUAUUACUGGCGUCCACAGGGCCGGAUCAUCUUUUUGCCGUCAUCUCUCUAGUCAGGAACGUUUGCACUUACAGAACCGGCGUGAGGGUCACUCACCGGGGUCGGACAACCUAAUUUUAUCGGCUUGGCCUCGUUUGGUGUCUGACAUGCAUAGUUCACCACGAUCCGAUGCUUCAGCCUUUAGGCUCAUCUGUUGUGUCUCCACCGCCGCAGCUAAUCGCCUCACGCCGAUUACGGGAACUUCAUUCACUGGCAUUUGUCCGCCGCCUGUAGUCUCCUUAGGCAACACCAAGAGCGACUUACUUCCCCGACGUCUUAUCCCGGCACAGGCUGAGGUCGUUGCUAUGCCAGAGUACUGGGGCAAGAUGGAUCGAUACCAGAUAUGA